AUGUUAGCGGAUCGAUUUAGGAAAACAGCCCGCUGGACAGGUGAAGGUUUUUCUGAGUCUCACAAGCAAAUAAGAUUUUUAUUAUUACAGCACUGUAAAAAGACGAAUUUUGUGCUCGUGCACGCACCGUUUGUUCUGCUAAUGAAGCAAGCCGAAAGUCUCUCGUUGAAGAUGCCGGUACUCCAAAGCGACGUCAAGGAACGAGCAGUUUUCGAGGGGGUGCUGGAUAAGUUCCUGAAGCGAUUCCGUUUUUUAACAUUUAGCGAGAAGAUGAACGAACGCUUGAGUCAGCCCAAUUAUUUUACGGCUCCUUUCAUUGCUGCUCAUUUGGAUUGCUAUGUGGGUCAUGAAAAUCAAGAUACAUUCUUUGACAGUUCGGAAAGGAGUCGUUUAGUGUAUGAUCUGCUGAUUCGAACGAAAUACGAUGCGCAUGAUGCUGCAAAGUAUCGAGUUGGCAUACAACGACUGAUCAAAAAUAACUCCUACGUUGCGGCUUUUCCACUUCAUGAGGAAUGCAACUGGAACAAAGUGAAUGCUGAGGAUAGCACUGACCGCGAGUUGCUGUAUUGGAAUUGGGCACGAAUAAAAAGUUUCUACAAAUAUCAGCCCCUUUCCUUAGUAAAGAAAUAUUUUGGCUCGAAGGUUGGUAUGUAUUUUGCUUGGUUAGGUUAUUAUACCAAAGUUUUAUUUCCUGCUUCUGUCGUUGGUGUUUUUUGUUUCCUCUAUGGAAUAUCGUCAUCAUCUCAGGAUAUACCGAGGUCCAUUUUUCACACUUUUUUCCUUGUAUUCUUUUGA